AAAAUUUAAGAGAAAUUUGGAAUAAAAAAAAAUCCGAAAAUUUAUGAACAUUUUACGAAAACAAAUUUUUAUUUGUAUGUAUAGUUAGUUUUUCUAUAACAAGUUGUACUCCUAUUCCAUAUAUUGGCCAAACAAUAAUGGUUUUGGAACAACAGCAACAACAGUCCUCUUCGUUACAACAAACACCGCCACCACAACAAUUAUCACCACCUAACACUGUAGCGGUAAACAAUAACAGCAAUCACAGCUCUAACGGUAUGCCCGCCAUGCCGUCGGAGGGUUUACAUCCUACCGCUGCUCUACAACUAUAUGCCGCCGCUGCUCAACUAGCCCCCGGUGGUGUACGCGUCCCACCCUGGAGUCCAUUUCUGCAGUUUGGUGUACCGGGAGUCUUUGGUGGUGGCCCAUUUUUGGGCCGUCCUCGUUUUGAAGGCACUUCGCAACAAAAUGCCGCCGCUGCAGCUGCUUCUCAGAUGGCCGUUAAUGCUAGCAAUGCAUUUGCCAACUUAACGGGUCUUAGUGUGGCCAUGCGUAAUGUUUCCGCCGUACAAACAUCGGCUGCCGCCGCUGUGGCCACUGUGGCAAUACAACAUCGUCUUAUGAUUGGGAAUAGACAGAAUAUGCCACCAACGGGUCCACCGAGUGAAGGAUCCAAUGAUGAUGCCGGUAAGUGGAGUUAUUUAAGAAAAUAUCUUGAGAAAUUAGGAACAAUUUUUGGAUUAUAAUAUAAAUUUUGAACAAACUUUAUAAGGAAAUUAAUUUCAUAAAAUUUGAUUUAGAACUCAGAUUUUCUAAAAUAUAACUGACAUAUCGUGUCCUAUAUACCAUUUUGUCAAAUUUAAAAUAAGGACUUAGCAUCAGGCAUAUGUUUUUUCUGUUCUAGUUUUCUUCAUCUAAAGUUUGGGUUAAAAAUCUACUGAUUUUUUCUGUUUCGAAAUUUUGUUUCGCAGAUUAUAUCUUUGUAAAGGGAAACAAAGACUUCUGUCAAUCAAUAUAAAUUUCAAUGUGAAAUUUUCAAAUGAUUUACAACGGAUUUGCAAUGUCUUUCUAAGAAAAUGAUGAAUUUUGGAUGUAAUAUCUAAGAAUCUUACAAUCAGUGUUCGCAAACGUUGUUAUAUCCGAAAAAAUAUUAAACCCAAGAUGUAUUUUCAUCUAAUUCGACGACUCUUAUGUAUGCAGUUAAGAAUCGUUUUACUAAAAGAGCUUUCAAUGAAAAGGAAAUAUUUAGCUCUAAAAAAUUUCUGGAAAAAAUGAAAUUUCUGUUCAAAUUUGAAGUAUUUGGCGACAAAAAUCUUCCAUUUUACAACAUUUGUCGUUAUUUAUUAAAAAAAUAAUACAUUUUGUUUAUUCUAUUUAUCAAAAGGUCAUCAGCAAUUCCUUUCAUAACAUUCUCUACCAGACGGCCGUCAUUAGAAUUAAAAAGAUCUGUCAAUCACAAUAUAAACUAGACUUUUUUCUGUGUUUGCAAAAUCACAAAAAACUGACGUUGACAGAGAAUAAUUUUAAAUUGAAUACACAAUAUUUUUUUUUCAAAAUUGAAUACAAUCAAAUUAAUUGAUUAUUUAUUUCUAUGAACUAUGAUAAUAUAUUUCAAUAUUAUUUCAAUAUAUGCAACAUUUCAAAAACUAAAAAUCAAUCAAUUCUAAUGAAGACUUUUACAAUCAGCAGCAGUAAGCAACCUUGUUAAAUAAUUAGUAAAAUACAUUAGAAGUAGAUUGUUAUUAAUGCUUAUCAA